AUGAUACCCGUUUCGCUCUCGACUCUGCCAUUGCCUCCCUCAACGCUAUCAUCCUUGACGAAGGCUGGAUAUGAAACCCUGCAGGAUAUACAAGAAGUCUCUCCUGAGGAUUUAUCAGAAGAGCUUGGUAUACCUCUCCCAACAUCUCAAGCCCUGAUAUUUUCACAUAGAAAUGUCUUUAUUUCACUUGGAUCUACUCUCCCGAUGCAACCAGCCAACUUGUCUAGAAGUGAAACGAAGGCCAGGGUAUCUACCUUGUGUGCUCCUCUAGAUAGACUUCUAUCUGGGGGCGUUUCAAGGAGUUCUGUUCUAGAGAUAUCUGGUGCUCCCGGAACCCCGAAAGAAAUACUGGCGGUAAAAAUAGUUGCGUCAUUUGUCAAAGCUGGGGAACGCGUUCUAUUUCUUGGCGGGUGUCUCGUCUAUUCUCUUCCUUUUUUUCUGCUUUCUCAUGUACAAAUAGAGAUAUCAGAUAUACCGGCGAAUUUCUUGGAGUUAGUUUCCUAUAUGCCGAUGCACACGCUUUCUGAACUCAUGAAAUUCAUGUACAACCUUUCGUCCUAUUUACGAGUAAACGCAGACGUGGCUUUGCUCGUUGUCAACUCCAUUUCCUUUCCAUUUCAGACAUCUUCGACGUUGACUCUGCAAGCGAGAACCUCUCUUCUCAACCGUAUCAAAGAGACCUUCUCGAAGGCCUGCGCGACCAAUAACUUAACGAUCGUCGCCACUUCCCAGUUGGCUACGAAGUUACUGAAGUCAGAUGGAACUGCGGGAAACUUUGACACAGGAGCAAGGGGCAUCAUGGUUCCACAACUAGGUAUAGCCAGAUCAUCGUAUUUACCUCCUGGAAGGUCUUACCGCGUCAUAUUAUCACGCAAGACACGAAUGUCAGGGACUCUGCGACUGUUGUAUUCGCCCACGACUGUGCACCAGGACAACGGGCACCAUGUGCUCGAAGAACCAUAUGCAAUGGUAAAAAAUUUCCAAACCGACUUUAUGUAA